AGGGGGACACCCGCCGCCCCGCCAGGGGAAAGUCCUCCCCGCAAAGUUGGGUGUAAAAAGGUUAUGAAGGAAGAAUGGAGUUUCCAGACCAUAGCCGCCAGUUGCUGCAGUGUCUGAGUCAGCAGCGUCACCAGGGCUUCCUGUGUGACUGUACUGUUUUAGUUGGAGAAGCUCAAUUCAGAGCUCACAGAGCCGUUCUUGCCUCUUGCAGUAUGUACUUCCAUCUUUUCUACAGGGACCAGUUAGACAAAAGGGAUAUUGUGCAUCUGAACAGUGACAUUGUCACAGCCCCUGCCUUCAGCCUGCUGCUCGAAUUCAUGUACGAGGGAAAGCUGGAAUUCAACAGUCUCCCGGUGGAAGAUGUGCUGGCUGCGGCGAGCUACCUUCACAUGUAUGACAUUGUGAAAGUCUGCAAGGGCAAGUUGAAAGAUAAAGAAUUAUGUCCGGAAGAGAAGAUUAAUGAUGAGGCGGCUAGUUUGGAGAAAGUGGAGCAUUUUCUAGACGCCGGAGUGCCCCUGGUCCACGAGUUUGACCCAGGAAACAAACAAAAAUUCAGCGUUGCAGAAUACGAGAGAGCAGCAGGCAAAGAAAAGGUCAGCAGUCACCCCGCCUGGUCCUCUGAUCAUAUAAGUGUCAGCUCUGUGCCGACAGAGGCAGAACCGUGCGCCGCAGCAGCUGGAAAAACAAAGGCUAAUGUCAAUAGUUCCACAGGACCUUUGUCCCAAAGGUCUGUUAACCAUCCCCUGGCUUCGAGUGAUGUGGACUGUGCGCUGGAUUUGUCUUUCAAGCCCGUGCCGGGGAGAGAUUCUUUACACCCCUCCUAUGUCUUUGGACAGCUGGCUUCCGACAGCCAGCAGCAGGGUACCGAGCCACUUGUUAAAGAUGAACAAGACUUGCUGUCAGAUCAGGAGGACAGUGAAGCCAGGAGUCCAGAGAGUCAGCAUUUUGGGAAUUCAGCCAAAAGCCUAGUGACAGGGUUAGGACACAUGUUCGCGGGGAAUGGCAGCUCUCAUGCCCGAGAGGAGGAUAUAGAUCAAGAGCGAGAUGAGAGCGAGGACGACAUGGAUUCGUCGGACAUCUCCUCGGGUGUCCUCGUGCCUCCUGGGCAUAUCUGCAUUUGUCCCCUCUGUAGCAAGGUGUUCCCGAGCCCACACAUCCUUCAGCUGCACCUGAGCUCUCACUUCCGUGACAAGGACGGCUCCCGGACCCGCCUGUCCCCCGACGGGUCAGUCCCCACUUGCACCCUCUGCGGAAAGACUUUUUCUUGCAUGUACACGUUAAAGAGGCACGAGAGGACUCACUCGGGGGAGAAGCCCUACACCUGCGGCCAGUGCGGAAAGAGCUUCCAGUAUUCCCACAACCUCAGCCGCCACGCGGUCGUGCACACCAGGGAGAAGCCCCACGGGUGCAAGUGGUGCGAGAGACGCUUCACGCAGUCUGGGGAUUUGUACAGACAUAUCCGCAAAUUUCAUUGUGGCCUUGUAAAGUCCUUGGUUGUUUGAGAUGUGUGAUUUUUUUUUUUUUUUUUUUAAAUAUCCCCCUAGCCCUUUUAAAACAAAACAGGAAAAAAAGGCAGCAUCUGAAUUUUAAUUUCCCCCCCCCCCUUUCCUUUAUUUUAUUUUGCUGAUAUUCACUUCAGGUGCAUGAUCUUUAAAAGAUGCAGAGGUAUACACUCCAGAGGCCUUUCAAUGCAAUCCUUCCACCUCUCCAACUACCACCUUCCCCUGCCACCCUCCCUACCCAGCACUGUCCUUUAGGUCUUCUCUUGCGCACCCAUGUUACAUUAUUAAUGUGAAAUGAUCUUAAGUAAUUCUGCAAUGAUUUAGCAUCUGUUUUCACACUGGAAGUACUUUCUUCGUGGUCAGGGUUUUGUUGGUUUGGUUUUUCUUUUUUCUUUUUUUUUUUUUUAGCUUGAAGAAAGAUUAUCAGCAAAUGGCAGAGAAAAAUUUGGAUUCCUUUAAGCUCCCCUAAUGCUCUCUGCGUGUUGCAGAGAAUCAUCUGAAGAGAUGAACUAUGAUUUAAAUACAUUUUGGUGUAGAGAAACUUGUCCACGCAUCUCAGAGUGAGCAGACGUACUUUUAUUUUCUAUGGCUAGAUGAGACAUUAAAUUGGCCCAAAUUUUAAAGGGUUUGAGGAUUCCUGGCUGCGUCUUUAGUAUUGUUCAUUUUUUAUUCUCUUUAUUCCAUUAGUGUAGUUCCGCAGUUGGUCCUAAAAUCUAAAUGAGAAGUUUUUGCCUCGGGACUUGACUUAAAUUUUCCCCUCCCACCCAUUCUCCUCACUGGGCUUGACCUACUGAAAAGCUACUUUUGAGCAUAGAAUGUGGAUGGAAAAACUCUUUCUGUCCACAGCGUAUUCACUCCCAAAACGUUAAGGAUGCACACUAAGGCAUACAAAAAAAUCAUACGAUACGUGAAUAUUUUCACUCCCAUAUUGAAACCCAGAGGCUGAUCCUGUCCCCCUUGGAGGGGACAGCAGCCCUAAAGUGGCCAAGUAUCCCUCCCAAUAUCAGGCUCCUGGGGUUUCUUAGUUCAAGCUGACUCAUACCUUGUGUAUUAGGAGAUGCCCUGCUGUCUUGUCCAAAAAGUUUGCUGCCGUGCUAAAAUAGCAGCAUGAAAUAAUAUUUUAUUUUAUUUUUUGUGAAGUUGGUGAAUCCCUCUGAGCCAGAUCGUGCAAUCGCCGGUGUUUCGAAGGGGCAGCGUGAAGAUGAACCGCUGGAGGGAAGGCAUGGCCUAACUUUCUCCCCCAUGUCCCACCUUUUCAGGGGAAGUUUUUGGGGGUAUUUUUAGGUGGAGUAUUUUGGUUUAGGUUUUUUUUUUCCCCUCUUAGUUUGUUUGAGGCUGCCUGUAACUAUAGCCAGUUUUACUCCAGAUAACACAGUUUCUUGCCUAAUAGAGCAUCCUUUGGUCUGUGCAUGUCGGCGGAUAUCAGAUUAUUCCCUUCCAGUCAAAUUACCCAUUCAAGGUACAUGUACAUGGGACUGAACUAUAAUAAUAAUAAUAAUGAUAUCUGGGGGUUUUGAAUGUCGUUCUGCUGCAUUAGCGUUGCUUCACCAGCUUUCCUGACACUCCUGGAGUUGUUUUGUGAAACUUAAGCGUUUAUUUUAAAAUGAAUUUGAAGCACUGAGUUAGAUUAUUUUAAAAAGUUGUGCUUAAAAUACUGUAUUGUAUCUUAUGAAGAAAAAACUUCCCAAUGCCUUUCCCCCUCUGGUCCAAAAACUGAGCACUACCUACAUAAAUAAUAUGGGAUUGACUUUUUUUUUUUUUAAAUAAGUACUUCCUCUUUUAAAGAAAAUCAGGAUAUACUUGUUACAGCCUCUUCUUAUUAUUCAUCUCUUAAACUAUGAAUGUACAUGUAAUGUGAAAUUUUGCUUUUAUUUAUAGUUUUGGGUUUUGUUUUCAGUCUGAUUUCUCAACUGUAAAAUAUUUUUGCUGAACUUGUUACAUAUGAAAGUUGUGGGAGAGUACUGUAUCUUGAACAUAAGUGGCUUUGGUACUGUGGUCUUAUUCUACUUAAUCAGUUUUUUCUUUUUUUUCUUUUUUUAUUUUUGCUGUGAUUGGAAAUAGCACUGAACAAAAUCUACUAAAAUUAAGUUAUUUUUCUUUCUACUAAAAUUAAGUUAUUUUUUUCCUGAAGAUACUUGAUAUAGUAUUUAUUAGAUUUUUUCGUUUGUUUUUGUUUUUGAAGUGGAAUUAUUACUGUUAAUCUAUUUCAAAACUAGUUAAUUUACACUUCACUUUAAAUUUUAUAACAAUGGGUUUUGCAUGUUGAGCAACAUGUAAAGAGUUUAAUGUAGAGUCAGCAUUACCGAAGCUGGUAAUCUUAAUUUUGCAUUCUUGUGACACUUUUGUUUGCAUUUCAGUCUUCAAUUACUGUGUGUUUUUAUUUUUUUAGAAGAUCAUAAAAUAGGAUGUGCCAUAAGAACAUCAUUAGCGUAUGGAGCAGGGAAAAGUUGAAACAAGUUUGUGUCUGAUCUUAGUAUAGAAAUAAUUCAUUAAACUGAUGCUAUGAGCAUGCUCUGUACUGCAGUGAAUAUGGGGCAAAAGUUGUUUUUGUUUUGGUUUUUUUUUUUAAUAAGGAAAAAAAAAAGACUUUCUCAUUCUUGACUACAUCAUGAACACGCUGUUCUCAUAGUCUGGUAUUUGUGUUCCCACUCCUCAUAGCUUGAAUUUAUAAAGUAAAGAAAUGUUUGCACUUAUUUUUGUUCUUAAGGUGACUUUUUUUGGCUAUCUCUCUGUGUGUCUCUUAUUUUUAAGUUGCAAUAGCUUGGAGCAUGUUUUCAAAAUGGUUCAUGGCUCUACGGAGAAGUACUAAAACAUGGCACACUUAACACUUGUCUCUUCAUAAACUAUUUCUCUGUGGGGUGGUUACUGUCUCCGUAGGGAACGGUCCUGCUCUGCAUUUUAAACACUGGAUUUGUCUUCUACUACAAACAAAUACUGUGAAGUUAAUGUAAAAAAAAAAAAAAUCAUUGAUAUUUUUAAUUGUUUUUAAUCUUGGUGCAGUUCAGAUUAAAUAUGUAUAUUUAAAGACACUAAUUUUUGUGGGAGAGUUUUAUAGUAUACAGUAUGUAGAGAAGCUAUUGGAAUGGAAUAUAUUUUAUAAAAAUGUUCUAUCACUGUUUUAUAGUGAACUAUUUUUCCUUCAGUGUUAGUGUAAUACUGUUAGUCUAGAUAUGACAAUCGCAGGAAGAGUGAUUCAAGCUACUGUUAGCGCUUAGUUUUGCGUGGAGUUCUGUUUGCAACUGUAUUGGUAUGUGCUGUACAAUGUGACAAUCGUGACUAGGAUUGUUGUCUUUAUAAAUUUACACAAAAUAAAACGUGCUAGAAUUGUAAGAUUGA